CGUUCGAUUGUCGGAAGUGACUGUCAGAUGAUUUAAGUCACGUGGGUUUUGAUAUGCACUAGCGAAACAGAAACUCCACAAACAGAUUUUGUUCGUGUAAUACUUAAAAACUGACAGCUUUUCGUAUACGAGAGGUAUCUGGCUUGGUGGUACUGUGUUAUCACCAUGCAGAACGUCAUCAACUCAGUGAAAGGCACAGCUCUAGGGGUGGCGGAGUUUCUAACACCCGUCCUGAAGGAAUCCAAAUUUAAGGAAACUGGAGUUAUAACUCCUGAGGAGUUUGUUGCUGCAGGAGAUCAUCUAGUUCAUCACUGCCCUACAUGGAAAUGGGCAUCAGGAGAAGAAGCAAAGCUAAAGCCCUAUUUGCCCAAGGACAAGCAGUUUCUGUUAACCCGAAAUGUUCCAUGUUACAAGCGCUGUAAACAAAUGGAGUACUCUGAUGAGCUGGAGGCCAUUAUCGAAGAGGAUGAUGGAGAUGGAGGAUGGGUUGACACGUAUCAUAACUCUGUGACUGGUAUGACAGAGGCAGUUCGUGAAAUCUCAUUGGAUAACAAAGAUAAUAUGAACAUGAAUGUGCACCUGGGCAGUGGAAUUAGUGAUGAUGACGAUGAUGAAGCAGAGGCGGCAGAUAUGAAGGAGUAUGAAGAAAGUGGGCUUUUGGAAACAGAUGAGGCCACCCUUGACACAAGCAAAAUGGCAGAUACAUCUAAAUGGAAGGCUGAGGCAAGUGGAGAAGAUGCCAUCCUUCAGACAAGAACCUAUGAUCUAUACAUAACUUAUGACAAAUACUAUCAAACUCCUAGACUGUGGCUUUUUGGAUAUGACGAGGAAAGGCAGCCCCUGACUGUUGAUCAGAUGUAUGAGGACAUCAGCCAGGAUCAUGUAAAGAAAACAGUCACCAUUGAAAACCACCCACAUCUGCCUCCUCCAGCUAUGUGCUCUGUGCAUCCAUGCAGACAUGCCGAAGUGAUGAAGAAGAUUAUUGAAACCGUGGCUGAAGGUGGAGGAGAGCUUGGGGUUCAUAUGUACCUCUUGAUUUUCCUGAAAUUUGUGCAAGCUGUUAUACCAACCAUAGAAUAUGAUUACACAAGACACUUCACUAUGUAACUUUCCAGGAUUGCACAUGGAAGGAUGUUCUUUAUUAAAGAGGGCGGGCUGUAUGCAAUGUAAGCAUUGGCCAGCAACACAUUUACACAAGCAAUGUUAAACAAUUAGCAGAUGUUUUGUUGUUCUGCAUGGAUAACAUGGUUAAAUGAUUGCUACCUUAUUUCCAACUGUAACUCCAUAUGGCAAAUUCCAGUCUUUCAGAGUAUGUUAUUCUCAUGCUUGCCUCAUGCUAAAAGUUUUAUAUUUACACUGGAUUGGAACGCCACCAACAGGCACUGUCUUAUGUAUUACUGGUGAAUAAAUUGAUUUGAAGAAAUA